AUGGGCAAACGAUCGUCUUUUGUUAAUAAGUUUUAUUCACCAUCAUCAAAUUCAUCGGUGUCAUCUUCUCCUUUCAAGAAAACUUCGACAAACCCCUAUAUUACCAAGUGUAGCAAACUUUUGGUUCUCCAAUCAAAACAUGCUCCUAAUCCUCCUGCUCCACCUCCACCACCUCCUAGACCUUACUCACGGUACUCAAGAUCAAGCGUAUUUAGAGCACCACAUCAAUUAUCCCCGUUAGAAACAAAAAGGUAUAAUAACACAAAAUGUGCACUUUGUCAAGACUUGCUAACAAUGACAUUAUCAGGUGAAGUAAUAGUUCUGUUGGAAUGUGGCCACAUGUGUCAUAAAAAUUGUUUGAAAUUAAUGAGUUCAGAUGGUCGGGACCUGAUUAAUUGUGGUGUAUGUAACUCACAUGCCUUGUAUUUUGACGAUGAUAUUGAUAAUAAUUUUGAUUUACAUAUUUCAAAUAUUCCAAAUAUUGGGCCAAGCUUCACAACCCCUGAACAAUUAUCACUGGAUUACCAACCAGUAGUUAAACCUACAUCAGUAUCAACAAAAGCACCAUUUACUCCAGUGGAUCAAAUCGGUGCAUCAUUUGUAAUCAAUAAUCAACUAGAAACGCCACCAUCGUUACACAACAACCCAACCUAUGAUAUCUACAAACCACGUAUAAAUUGCAUUAGUGAAACUAAUGAACCAAAUUUUGGUCUACUGAAUGAGGUUUCAUUUGUGCUUAAUAUUAAAUCACCACAAAUUUUUAAUGAUUCUCAAAAUAUUAAACUUGAAGAGCUCCAAUUGAAACAUCAAGUACAAGAAUUUAUCAAGACAACUUUUGAAAUUGAUAACGAAGUGGGAGAAUUGAUUAUGUUUGAUAAAUUGGAAAUUAGUGUUAAUGGAGAAACAUGGGAUAGAAUCACUGCAUAUUUAUUUGAAGACUACUUGUUGUUAUAUAAUACGGACAUUUUGGUAGGAAUGCUAUCCAUAACUUCAGAUAUAAGUAGCAUGGAUUUUAUCAACUCAAAAUGUCUCAUACUAAACAUUGCGAAGGAAUCACUCCCAGAAUUGCAAAUUAGAAGCUCACAUGAAAUCAUAGUAACCAAAUGGGAAUCAUUCAUAUCGAAAUUAAUGAAAAGAGAAUUAGUUCAAUCAAAUAUUUACCAGUUCACAAACACAUGCUGGAUCGAUUUGGUGGAUUAUUUUGACAUCCCAGAAUAUUUGGUUGGUUUGAAUGGACAAAUAGUGAAUGGAGAAAAUAUUCAGAAUGCUUCGUUGUGCAAAAUACUACCUCCACCAGAAUCAUUACCAUUUAAUUUAGUGGUGGCUAUAUCAUUAGUGAACCAAUCAAAGCUAUCCAAUAAUGAAUACAAACGAGUAAUACAGAAUAUAUUGAGGAAAAUCUUGAAAUCGUUACGACUGUGUGAUAAACUAGGUGUAGUAUUUGUUGGUGUAGAUGGUUUGAGAAAACCAAGUCCAAAUGGUAUCUACGCUGGUUGUAUUGGGCCAGAAUGGUCUGGUUGGGAACAAAUUAUUAAUGAUAUAAUCAUUGUUCCAAAUUCAUUUUCAAGUCAUUCUCAAGAGAUUAAUGUUGCCAUUGGCAAAGGCAACGAAUUAUAUCCAUUUGUGCCAACUACUGAAAAAUCAAUCAACAAGUUUCUAAUAUUAAGUUCCAAUUCAUAUUAUAAUAAGGUAACUGCAAUUCCGUUUCACUUGUCAAGACUGAUUGAAGCUUUGAGUGAAAAACUAUCAAUUACUAUUAUUAGAAUAGGUGAAGAUUACAACGGAAUUGAACAGUUUAAAAGUAUUACACAAAACUUUGAUACUCCCUUAUUAAGAUUUGAAGAUUAUCACAGUUUUUCAAAUUCAUUGCAAUAUUUUAUACAAGAAAUGUUACAGAAAAUUUGCAUACCUAAGUUAACAAUUACACUACAAAUGAAUAAAGGUGUCAAAAUAUCAAGUCUCGAAGGUCAUCAUGAAGUGUCAGAAAAACAAACACUAACACUCAAUGUAUUGGAUAUGCUACCUGAAUUUGAAAGAAAUAUAAUUUUUAAAGUGAAAGUCGAGGAAGAUUUCUUUGAUAACUUUGGAAAUUCAAAUGCACCAUUAGUAGAAUACACUGGCGUUUGGUUUAAAAACAAUCAAUUACCUAAAAAAGUAGCUCAUUCUAAAAUCAAGUUACUCAAAAGUAACCAACCACCAUUGACGCCAAUGGAUAUUAUCGAUGAUGAAACCACAAACAGUUUCUCAUCAAACAAUGAUAUGAUUAUCGAUAUUCCUUUGUUGCCUCCAUUAUCACCAUCAAGAGAGUCAUCAUUUGCUAAGAGACAAACAGAAUUGACAAUUAUUGAUCACUUGGAACGUGCAAUAGAAACGGGACACUCAAUAGAAGCACAAAGAAUUAUUAAUGCUUGCAUAACUUUAGCCUAUGGUAUUGUCAGGGGUUCCUUACUUACUGAUUUUAGUGACGAUAACAAUGGUAUCAAUUUGACACACUCAGAAACCAGCGGAUUUCAUAUGUUGGACUGGACCCUUGCGGCAAGAAAUCAAAAUAAUGUCAAUGACACGUACAUUCUACAAUUAGUCGACAGAAUGAAAUUAAUUAUCCUGAAUUUUACUAACAACCAUAUGAGUGGGAAAUCUUAUUGUUUAGAUAUGAUAAAUAGUUUAAGCUAA